AUGAAUUUUAUUAAACGGACAUAUCGUGAUUCACAUUCUUACGUACAUCCCACGCAAUCACCUCCACAACCAUCAUCUACAGCGCGUCCAUCUAUACUAUCUUCAUCUCAAUUGCCACAGCAAUCUUGUUCAAUGACACCAACUGUUCAAAAUACAUCGGCUAGUCAUCAUACUUCAUCGUCGUCAUCUACGGGAUCAGUAAGAUUUAUUGAAAUGGCUGGACCACAAAAAUACAACGAUCGUGAAAAAUAUUUAACAGCUAAAUAUCCUCAACAACAAAUGCAAUUAAUUCGAAAACGAUUAAAAGUUGAAUUUUGGGUAGAUGAUCAACUUAGAAAUUUAUACGACAUCAAGGAUGAUUCAGCAUGUGAUGAUCAUGAUCAUUGUCCGGGUGAUAUUAUUGAUAGUCUAUUGGAUAUUGAUAAUGAACAAAAUAGAAGAUACUUUCUAUUAGAUAAAUUGAAGAAUGCAAAACAGCCAAAACCAAAAGUGAUGGAGUUUGUAGAUGAAGUGUUACAUCGCGUUAAAAUGUUGUAA